AUGAUUGUGAAAGGUACAGAGUUGCUGAAGAGUUCCGCAAAUCUAGUUUUGUUAAUGGCGACAUGUUUGAGGGAAGGAGGAGAUUUAGACAGUGCUAUAGAAGUUGUGGCACAGGCUGCUGAGUGGCAACAGGAGGUUCAGCCAGGGACUCCAGGCCAUUUGUCCCUCAUCAAGAGAGCCAAGGUCCUAGCUGAGGUUGCUAGAAAGGAUGAGAAGGUGGCUCAGGAGGGUGAGAAAGACAAAGAUGGCGGAGCUGACUCUGGGCUGGAUGGCGAGGCUAAGGGAGUGGUACAGAAAGUUACCAAGGGGCCCGUCACGGUUGCCAGGGAAGCGAGAGCCAGUGAAGAGAAUAUAGGAACAAUAGGUCUGGAAAGACAAGGGAUAAACUCUGAGGAGAAAAAAGAAUCCUUGACCGUAAAAGAUGUAUUACCUCCAGCUUCACGUAAAGAAAUUACCUCAGCCGAACUUUUUGACAAAGACAGCGGAAUACAAUCAAAAGAGAAAGCUGAAGAAAAGCAGACUCUUGAUUUGACUGUAGAAACUGAUGGGAGUACAAAAUAUCGAAGUGCCUUCUGUGAAGCAAAGGAUCAUGCACCUGAAAGACUAGUUGAAGUUGAGAUGGCUUCCAACCAUGAUUCCUUCACUAUGAGGGUUCCAGAAGAUCGCACAAAAGAACUUUUAAAGAUUGGAACUGUCGUUGAAGUUAAGAAUCUAAGUGAACCCUAUCAAAAAGCAAUCAUCAACAAUUUAACUGGAGCAAGCUCGUAUGGUAUAUCAGUUAAUGGUGAAGAUAAGAAGACUCUCAAACAUUCUACACUUCAUCCGAAGGAAGAGAGAUGUUUCGCUGAGAAUAAAAACCCAGCUGAUGGACUGUCGAGAAACAUAAUAUACACUGACUAUGUUAUUGGUGAUAAAAAGGAAAAUCUACAAUUUCCAGCUUCGGGGGUUCGUCCAGACUACAGUGAUGAGACUGCAAUGGAGAGAGAAGGUUUUCUUGUUCGUUCUUCCAACGGUGGCGAGUUCUCUUCAAGGCCAGGAGAGGAUAUUCAAGAAAGUGCUGAUUCUUCGCAACAACAUGAUGCUACGCUGAAGCAAGACUCAUUUCAAGCCUUAGAACUCGAUAAAAGCAGAACUGUUCCUGAUAAUUGGAAGACCAGAUGGAAAGAGGAUAACUCCAGCAGCAGGGAGGAGAAAGGAGAAGAAUGUGGUACUGUGGGGAGUGUACUGGCCGGUUGUAAUUUGAGACUGAGUAGCAGGGGAAGGAGAAUUGGAAUUGGGUAA